AUGUCGUCGGACAUUCUCACUCAACUACAGACAUGCUACGACCAAUUGCUGAUCCAGUUCUUCUCUACGGUCAGCUAUAAUGUGCGACGACAUCCACUCAUCGCUCCCGCACCUGUCGCGAGUGAUCCCUACACAAACCCGACAAAAGACGUCCUUAUCGAGAAUGGACGACAUCAAUAUGUCAGGUAUAAGCUUAACGCCGAGGAUGCGGAGGGCAUGGACCUACGCCCGCAGGAGCCGGAAGUCUUCGACAAGGCUCAGGAAGAUCUUGCCGAGGAUCUAGUCAUGAAAGCACAACAAAUUGAGUAUCUCAUCAAGCGACUACCAGGACUUGGACAGGGCGAAGAAGAACAGAACGCAGAGAUCAGGCGUCUGGUCGAAGAAGUCAAGAUCAUGGAGAGACGGAGGAAAGAGAAGAGGAAGGAGAUGCGAAAAUGCCUGGAGCAGUUGGACCAUGUGGUAUUAGGCAUGUCCAAGAGCAUCGACGUGCCCGAGUCUGAUGGCUCAACGGAUGAAUCACAAAGGAGCACUGCCCCAUGA